GUGUGAGGAAGGAAAGGUAAAAAAUACUUUCACAAUACGAUGACCUGAGCGCUCGCACGUCAUUAGGACUGUCGGUGCUGUGACUGAUUACACACUGUGAACAUUGUAAGGCAUCAUAAUAAAAAGAAAGGGGAGCGGAUAGGGAAAGAAAUUUCUUUUAUUGGCAACCAUUGCUUGCUUUGGAAAACAUGAAAAUAAAGUCCAGGAUAUCUCCCUUCCCUGCAGUGUAAUGGUAAUAAAGACCAGAAGAAACUUUCAGAUACUGGUGAGAUAAACUCUCCUCAGACAUGGCUGGCAGAAAAGUAGCAUGUAAGGAGAGUCUUGAUUUUUUACGUAGACUUGACUUGUCUCCACAGUCUGAGACACCAGACAUAGUGCUGAAAUGGACUGACCUUCAUUUUAGCCAUGCUGAUAUAGACAACCUUCCUGAGUCCAUUGACAGGUGUGCCAAUGUUAGUGUAAUAUAUGCACAAAAUAACAGGCUAUCUUCUUUACCACAGUCCAUAUCCAGCCUGACUUUCCUCACCAUGUUGGACCUUUACGCCAAUGCUUUCACUACAUUCCCCAAAGUACUGUGUGGCAUGACUAAGCUAGAAAUCCUGAACUUGCAUGACAAUCAGUUGUCUGACUUACUAGUGGAGAUCAGCGGUAUGACUGGGCUCAAAAUAUUUGAUCUCAGUGGGAAUCCCUUCACCACAUUCCCAGCAGCGUUGCUGAACAUGGCUAACUUAGAGCAUCUGGAAUUAACCGACAGUAAGCUAUCUGACAUACCAGUUGAUAUCACUAGAAUGACUGGUCUCAGACUGUUCUGGCUUCAUUGUAAUUGUUUCACUGCAUUCCCCACAGCAGUGUGUGGCAUGGCCAACCUAGAGCAGCUGUACCUCAAUACCAACCAGAUACCUGACAUACCAGCGGAGAUCAGUGGUAUGACAGGGCUUAAAAGAUUUAGUAUCAUUGCCAAUCGCAUCGCUACAAUCCCCGUAGCAUUGUGUAGCUUGGCUACCCUGGCAGAGCUGUAUCUGGAUCGCAACCAGCUAUGUGACAUACCAGUAGAGAUCAGUGGUAUGACGGGGCUUAGAAUAUUGGAUCUCAGUUGGAAUUGUUUUACUACAUUCCCCAAAGCACUUUGUAGCUUGACUAACCUAAAGGAGCUGGACUUGAGUAACAACCAGAUAUCUGAUAUACCAGCAGAUAUCGUUUCAAUGACUGGGCUGGAAUCGCUGGAUCUGGAGUCCAAUAACAUUACUCAACUGCCACCUCAGAUAGGGAAUAUGAAAAGCUUGGUGGAAUUAAAUGUGAGGGGGAACCCCCUGGUACAACCACCAGAGCAUAUUGCUGUCAGAGGACUUGAUGCAAUCAAAAGGUAUUUUGAAGCAUUAACUACCACCGAGGCAAUCCAGUCAAGUAGAAUACAGGUCAACUUGCUUGGAGAAACAGAAGCAGGGAAAACUAGUCUUUCUCGCACACUGCAGAGAGGAAAGUCAACACUCACAACAUCAGCAGACAGGACAAGAGUGGUGGAACAGGGGACAUGGGAGACUGACCAAAAUAUUGCCUUCAAUAUCAAUGACUUUGGCGGACAUGAUGUCUACAAAAUUGGCCAUCCCAUUUUCAUUUCCAAACGCGGCUUGGUCCUCAUCACAUUUGACCUAUCAGAGUAUGAUCCAGAAAAUAAAGCACAUUAUAAGCUCUACAUUGGAAACUGGAUUGACAAGGUACAAGAAAAAUUGCCAGGUAUAAAGAUGGCAAUAGUGGGAACUCAUAUUGAUCAAGAUGAAGCCUACAGUGCAAAGUGUUCUAUAAUUAAGAAACAGUUUGAAGACCACAGGCAGAGAAAACAGAAAUGGUAUGAGUCUCAAAUAAAGAGCAUUGAGAAGAAAAUUCUGAACACAGAUGAAACCCAAACAUCUAUCCUUCAAGCCUAUCAAGAUAAGAAGUGCAAACUGAUGUCGUCACAAGGCCAAGUAAUAGACAUCCAUGAAGACAUUUUUGGGGUGAGUUCCAAGACCAUGGAGGGAAUUGAAGGUUUACAAAGUUUUCUUACUACUGUUGCAAAAGAGCGUGCUGUAAUUUUACCAGAAAUGUGGGUUGAUGGUGCCACCAUGGUUUGUACCAAGAAAUAUGAAGGCUCUGAAAAUACACUUGGCUGGGACAAGUUACAAGACCUUAUUCUGCAGUCUGCUCCAACACCCUGGAAAAAGAGAAAUUCUUCCAAUGAAGGUCUCGAUUUGGCAACAUGCGACAUUUUAAGUUUUCUUGCUGACCGUGGUGACAUCAUUUGGUUUGAUUCAAGCCCUACUCUGAAGAAAGUUGUGUUUCACAGGCAAGAGGUUCUUGCAAAUGUUCUCAAAGCAGUGCUGAAUCACGAUAGUGAUGCUGUCCGGGCCAAACUCCAACAGUCCAUGAGUAUUUCAGAACCUAAAGCAAAGAAAAUCCAUGAUGAUAUCUUCAGCAGAGGCAUCAUUUCCAGAGAAGCAAUGGACUGCUUGUGUGAGCCUUUCAGAUUAUCAACCACUGAAGCUGAUGUCAUGGUAGAACUGAUGCAGAAACUGGAGCUAUGCUAUCAAGUCCAGGAGAACCCAUUGGUUCCAUCCAGCAUCUCAUUCCACUUUCCAUGGCUUCUUACGCAGGAGAGACAGCCUGAGUUGGAUGAAAAAUGGCCCGGCAAAGUUCCCACAGGCACCACACAACUGACUUUGCAGAACUUUUUUCCAUACAGAUGUCCAGAAGGCAUAUACGAGAAAUUAUCCGUUCGUCAGCACAAGUACCUCGGACUUUUGAAGACCAAACGUAUUGAUUGGAAGGAUGGGGUGUAUGCAGAACUUCAAGAAUGUCAAACUCAUUUUUCCCGACAGGAAAGAUGUCACCAUCCUGCUAGCAGCACCUCAGACUGGAUCAUCACUAUAGCCGUACGUGGAACAGACCUCUCAAAGAUGUGGUCUGUUUUUGCUUGUGGUCAUGAUGACCUCAUGGACAUCAUAAGUGAAGAGUGCCCUGGGGUGUACUUUGACAAAUACUUGGUGUGCCCCCACUGUACAAGUGAAAACUGUGAGGAUCCAACACUCUUCCCUGGAGAGAUACUGGACCAGACCUAUCUGCCUGGUGGUGUCUCCAAACCAAAACAGGUGCCAUGUGUCAAUACUGGUUUCUACAUUCCUACAGACCUGGUCUUCCCACCACACCUGACCAUGAGCUGGCAGGAAGUUGUCAAGAAGAACAAAAAUAAGCUGAAACAAAACAUCACAGAACCUUGUCUCUUUGAGUUGAUUGAUGUAUUUAUCCAAGAAAGCAUCCUGUCAGAACGUGAAUCUGAGUGGAUUAAGACAUCUUCUGAUAAAACUGCUGUCUUUUUGGACUUCCUGACCAUGAAAUCUGACAAGGCAUUUGAUAUUCUCUGUCAGUUUUUUGAUGAGCAUGAGCGGUAUGAUCUUCUCAAGUUGAUCAAGUACUAAGGAAUAUCUAAGGACACUGUGCUAUGUGAUAAACUUGAAAAAAAAAGAAAAAGAAAAAUGAAGAACACAGUUCCCAAUGCCUAAAUGACUUCUCAGACAUGAUGUGGAAAAUGUUAACUUACAAGAGCCGUGCACAUUGUGUCAAGAAUAAAGACACUGCAAUGGUCAGUCAAAGGCAAAUGUUCAGAUAUGAAGAAUUGAUGACAAUUUCAAGAUUAUACUCAUUGCCCAAAUGUUAUAGUACUCAGCUUCAGCUUAAACAUUCUAUUCCAGUGAUGACAUUGUUAUCUACUGAAAAAAGGAUAAGAAAUAUUGGCAAGUUGUGGACUAAUUAGCAGACUGACACAACUAAAUUGUUUUAAAAUGAAAGCACAAAUAACAUAAUCUGGAUAUUUAAUGUGUUAUUAGACAUGUUGCAGAAAUCUGUGAUACAUUUUUUUAUAUUGUACAUGUAUAUAGGGAUGUUCUAAGUGUCUGCUUUAGACAUUUUAUGAUUUUGAAGUGUUUUCAUAGCAUUUAAUUUGUAGUUUAGGUAUUUUUACCUUUAUGGAAGUUUGACUCUUUUUUUUAUAAGACAAAUUUAGAGAUGAAAGCACAAGUAUCAGAUGAUUAUUACAUAUCUCAUAGAUAAAGAAACUCGCUAUAAAUAUUAAUAUUUUAAUUUGUGUUAUUGUGCCAUAUAAAUGGGAAGUUUCAGAAAAGGACAAAACCUGCUUAAUUUCCAUUUUCAAUGGGUGCCAUAUAAACUUGACUGUCACCAGGGUUGAUGGAACCUUGCAUGGUAUUUGUGUACAUUAAUCUGCUGAUAUUGUAAUUUCCGAAGACAUGAGAUAUUUUUAAAAUAUGUAUAACAAGUAGUGGAGGCUCUUCUGCACCCUAGGUUUUAUAGUUCACUAGAAGCUACCCUCUGUCAUCACUAGAAAUGGUUGGGAAUGCUGAUAAUAGAGGUUAGUUUUCUGGAAACUUUGCAACUCUGGGUGGUCUGAUUUUUGUAAAUACACCUUGACAAAUCAGAAACAUUGUCAUUUUGAAUAAUUGUUAAGAAACUGUAUGAGCUAAAGUAAAUAUUUAAACCAAAUAUUGAUGGAUA